AUGGCUUCCGCUCUGAACUCUGUGCAGGCCAACAACGCGUCUGGCAAUGCCAGCGCGGGCGCGCAGAACCCCGGUAGAUCCACCCUGAGAUCCAACAGUACCAAGGGGCCCGACAGUCGACGACAGUCGGGCAGCCCCGUCGAUGGAGGACAACGGCGCACAAACUCCCACAAGGCCUGGACCCAAGGGACCAACCCCAUCACCCAACGGUCUUCAUACUCCUCAUCGAACGGAAACUUGACCCACCAGAGGCAGACGGCUUCCCCGAGGCCAAACCAAAAGGAAUCAAACACCUCCGAUAACCAUGCUCAUGACCGCCUCGUAUUUUUAUUCGCUAGCUUCAUUGGUCUGCAAACCACGAUUACAACAAAGUCCGGAGAUAAAUACACUGGUAUUUUCUCUUCUUCAUCUCUUGAGCCAAAUGAAGUCUCCUUCCUGCUCAAGAUGGUACAGCGCGCCUCGCAAGAGGGUCAAUUCCGCGCGAACGGUGUUAGUGAUGUCGCAACCCCGUUCUUGGGCUCUGCGCCCGAACACAUCAUGUCCUUUGAGGUCAAGGAUGUCAUCGAUAUAUCAGUUCCAAACGUAACCACCGCUGAAAUCUCAGCCAAGGAACCGAAUGGCGCCUCACAGGGCUUCCGGACUGAUAGUGAUAUUUCCGGAAAUCUGGGGAUGCGCGAACGCACUCUGCAACGCUGGGAACCCGCUGAAACCGACGUUGACAUGUCGCUUGAGACGAGCAACAAUGCCACUGGGUGGGACCAAUUCGAGGCCAACGAGCGUCUCUUCGGGGCCAAGACCAAUUACGAUGAGAACAUCUACACCACUCGUCUCGAUCGGGCCGAUCCUGCCUUCAAGCAGAAGCAGGUGGAGGCUGCUCGGAUCGCCCGUGAAAUUGAGGGACAAGAUGUGGACAACUCCCACAUGCGCGAGGAGCGCGGUCUCGCAGCAGCAGCGGAUGCCGGUGACCAGGAUGAAGAAGAUAAAUACAGUGGUGUACGACGUGAGGACAAGGCCUUCCCUCCCCUGCUCUCAGGUCAACCCAACAAAUAUACACCCCCAGGACGCCGUCAACCUGGUGUGCCUGCCAGGCAGCCUGCUGCUUCGCCUGCCCCGGCCGUCCCUAUUCCAAUUCCCUCUCAGAUCCCAGAAGCGGAAGUCGCACCAUCAGACAAACACUCCGAGCCGACCGCUGCCCUGCAGCCCCCAGCAGAUGCCGACCAAAAGAGUGCAUCGAGCAAAGGUCUUUCACCUGCUAUCUCCACCGCCUCUGCCACCUCUACCACUAAGCGGGCUGUACCUGAGAAUGCAACUGCAAAUGUUGAGGCGGAGGUGCUUGGCCAUUUCCGCCAGUUUGCCAAGGACGAAAAGGCCAAGCUGCAGGAGCGUCGCCGCAACCAAGCGUCAUAUGAUCGUACCAGCAAGCUGAACGAGCUGAUGAAAUUCUCUAAGAGCUUCAAACUCAUGACUCCUGUCCCCAAGGACCUUGUUCCUAUUCUGGCUAAAGAUCGGAUUAAGCAGGAGGCUAUCAUCUCACGAGCCCAACAACAGAUUGAUGACAAGAGUUUGCCGCAGGAGACCACCCCGCCCACUGAGCCCAAGCUUCCUGCUCGUGGUAAUGGGCCAACCGGGGCCACGCCCCCAUCUGCGCCUUCUGAUCGCCAAUAUAACCGCCCUCGCCAGGGAUAUCCACCAACUGGCCCGCUUGCUGGUAACACCGGUGGACGAUUCGCACAGCAAGGCAUCCCGCCUACACGCCCUGGUGCCGGCAUGUUGAGCCACCGCCUUGCAGAUAACUUGCAGCAGCGCAAAGGCCCGGCCAUGGUUCCGAACCAGAACCCGCUCCCGCUUCCCCUUCAAGAUGCUCGUGGGCCUCCCACUGGUCCCGCGAGCGAACAGCAGAGAAUCACGAGCCCUGUCAAGCCACAGGCUGCCUCCGCCGCAACCAAGUUCAAUGUCAAAGCCAUGGAGUUCAAGCCGAACCCAGCUGCGAGUACAUUUACUCCCGGCGGAGCUCCCAGUGGAGCUCCCGCUGCUGCUCCGAGCGCUCGGUCCUUCUCCCGCAACCGCUCUGUCUCACGCGCGACGACACCAACAGCUUUCUUCGGUCCCAAAAAGCCCCAGCCUGUCUCGGAGCGGCCCUCGAUUACCAACCAGUUCAACCCUAUCAAACGCAUGAAGAAGGAGAACGUCGAUUCGACCGAGAAGCCUAUUUUGUUCAAUGGAGGUAUUCCCCCGCCUUUCAGAACUUCCCCAACUUGGGAGGUUGCCGAUGAAAACCAGGAGAAGACCUAUGGCCAGAUGUUCAAGCAACCUCAGCAAUGCUACACACCAUGGCAACAUGCCCUUCCACUUCCAGCCAAAUUUGCCGCCGGUCUCCGGCCCGAACAACGCCCCCCCACAACCUUCACCCUCAGGGCCCUCACGGACCCUCCCACGUUGAUGAUCACCAUCCAUGGAUAUCCAUCUCCAAUGGCCCCCCACGCCCAGCUAUCAUUCGGACAACCUGUGCCCCCGUUCUAUAAUGGCGGAGCCCAGCCCAAUCAUAUGAGGCACUACCAGGGUGGCCCCCAGUUUGUGAACCCACAGAACGGAAUGGGUGCUCCCAUGAUGGCACAGCAACAUUCCAACGGACCCUAUAUGGCCGUUCCCCAAGGCAUGACCCCGUACAACGCUCAGAUGCCCAUGUACUCCCCUUCUCCGGGCCACGCAUAUCCUCACGUGCCUGCCCCUCAGCCGCACAGCGGGUACCCAAGCCCUAGCCGUGGUGCGCCAAUGAUGAUGCACCAGAACUCACAGUCUGGCCAACCUCCCAUGUUCAUGCCCGGACAACCUGGAUACCCUCAACAGUCGGGACACAUGGUGUCCACAUCGUCUCAAGACAUAUUCGACAUGGAUAAAACCACCAGCUGUGUCUACCUACCUUCCAGGUUUCGGUCUGGUCGGUACACGGCGCCCCAAGUUACAGGCGAUGAAGUGAUUGAAAUCAACCGCUUCAUGAAGCCAAUCGGCCUGCCGCCUGCCUCCACAUUUAGUGCAUACUGA